UUUCCUCCUUCGUCUGCCCAGGGCGACCUGCUGACAAGCUGGCAGUGAUGCCGCGGGAGCCGGUGGUGCGGUACGGGGGCUCAGCGCAGCUGAACUGCUCCCUGGCCUGCGCAGGGGGUACAGUUCAGUGGAAGGGGCUGGACACCAAUCUGGGGAGCGUCACCUCCUUCCCCACCCACAGCAUCCUGCACAUCAGCAGCGUAGUGGUUGCCACGGAGGGCACCAAGAUCUGCCAGGGGACCUGCCACGGGCAGCGCUACCAGCAUGCUGUUGACCUGAAGGUCUACGCCCUCCCAGACACGCUGCAGCUGGAGGCAGACCCCCCUGCCCUGGAGCCGGGGCAGCCCACCAGCCUGCGCUGCUCAGCCCAGUGGGUGUACCCGCUCAAGGGGCUGGUACUCACCUGGUACCGGGGGGACCAAGCGCUGAAGGGGGCAGACUUCGAUGUUACGGAGACUGACGAGGAGCUGUUCGACAUUGUGUCCACGCUGCCUGUGGCUGGGGAGGAGGUGGGAGCAGGGGUGGAGUUCAGGUGUGAGGUGACGCUGAGCAUCGGGCAGGAGACCUUCACCCGAGCGGCAUCUGUGGCUGUGAGCACUGGGGCUGUGACGGAGCAGCCAGUGGCCAUGGCCACCUCCACAGGGAGCUCCCGGACAGUGGUGGCUAUGAUGGGGAGCCCCAGCACAGCCAGGCCCAUGACCACCACAGCGCUGUCCCCAGAGCUGAGUGUCCCCACACAUGAUCCCAGCACAGCCCUGACCACCACACCAUGGGAGCCCGAUGCUGAGACCACCCUGGAGCCAGCUUCUGCCACCGACCCCCCUUCCACAGAGCGCCCUGCUUCCCAGGACCUUGUUGCAGGAAAUCCCACGGCAUGCCCGGCCACCACCACGCUCCCUGGCUCUGGCACCAAGGGGACAGGGCCAUCUGCAGGGACAAUGCCCGCCUGCAGCCUGCGCAUCUGGUCACUACCUCCCAACGGGACGCGGGGCAGAGCCCUGCGCAUUGAGUGCCACGCACGGUGUGCUGGGAACGCCACCGUCCGUUGGCUGCGGACCCCCGUGGCCCUCUCACAGUACCGGGAGGAGGCAGCAGGCAGCAGCUCCACGCUGCGGCUGGACCACGUCGAGCCCUGGCACCAGGGCCAAUACCAGUGCAUCCUAUUUGGCCACCGCUCCCAGGUGGUCAAUCUGCAGCUGACGGUCUUGGAUGAUCCAUUCAGCACGAGCCCUGCCAUUGCUGUGGGGACAACGGUCUCGCUGUUGGGACUGAUUGUGACCAGUCUUGUGUCUCAUCGCCUGUGGAAACGAUUCAGAUCUCAGUAUGAGCUACCAUAG